AUGAAAGGUGUAGCUUCCUCCGUUUCUUCGUGCUUGAACGGCUCGGGGUCGCGAAUCUCGCUCCAGGAUCUUCAGGAUAGAGGGAAGCCGCUGGAGAAGCAGCAGCAGCAGAUCCAGAACUCUGGUAUGGGGCAAUUUGAUGACUCUCUGGAGUCCUCUCACGACGACUUCUUCGAUCAGAUCCUGUUCAGUCUCCCGUGGGCGGACCUGAACUACGGGAACUCUAAGUCCCCGUGGGAUAUCGUCCCACCGUCCAACGGCCAGAACCAGAAGCUCCUCAAUGCGCUGUCCGGGAAGCCUUCGGUGCACCACCAGUUGGAGGGAGCGGAGGGGAUUCAUUAUCCUCAAUUGUACGAUGAGUCGUUGCUUCUCGCCUCUCGGCUGCGCCAGAACCAGAUCAGCGGGAGUGGAGGUGCCUCCGAGAUUCAACUCAAUCACGUCUCUCAGCAGCAAGCGUUGCUCUCCGCGAUGGGGUGCACGGCUGCGGCAGGCGACUCGGGACUGCUCCCGCUACCUCUAUCCCCGGGCAACGCCGAUUCGACUGAUUCUAGGCUUCUUGUGGACGGAUCUCGAAAUGACGUUGACCCUCCUUUCAAACCUCCCGGUUCUUCAGUACGCCUCUCUCUCUCUCUCUCUCUCUCUCUCUCUCUCUCUCUCUCCCUCUCUCUAUAUAUAUGCAUAUAUAUCUAUAUCUAUCUCUCUAUCUAUCUCGCACGACAUACCAUUUCUUCUAUACCAAUUCUCUCAUAUCUUUUAUUUAUUUCCAAGGGUGGAGACGGGCUGUACAACGGGUUCGGCGGACCUCUUCAAGGGACGUCACAUUUACCUGGGGGUAAUCUGCAACACUUCAACUAUGAACAGGUUUCAAACCACAGCACCUCGAUUUUUCUCUCCUUUUCGAACUGCAAAUAUUAGUUGUCUUCUGAGAGGUGGACGAAGUCUUUGCUCCUUUUCGCGUGAAAUUCAGAGAGAAAGAAACCAAAGCGUUCCUUGAAAAUAAAUUAUCAUCUGCACAGGCCGUAGUACUGCCGUCUCAGAACUACGGCGCUUCUGCGGUGGGCGUGGGACAACAACCGGCCACAGAGGCAGCCGGGGUUGGCUCGACUCCUCCCAGGCAGAGGGUUAGAGCAAGGAGGGGGCAGGCCACAGAUCCACACAGCAUUGCCGAGAGGGUAAGACCGACGAACGAAGACCAAACCCUUAUGGCCUCAUUUAUUACCUGAACUUUAUUAAUAUAUCUAUCAGAUUCCAACCCAGGCUCCAGUCAGUGCUUCAUAAAUGCAACUGCCUUUGGUAUUGCUAGUAUUUUGUUUGCAUAAGUUUCCGGUCGUCUCUGUUCUUUUCUCCCGGGGGUGGCGUUCUUUCUCUUCUGAAAUCUUGUCCCUUCAACCCCGGUAAUGAAUGCUCUUCACAUGCAGCUGCGCAGAGAGCGAAUAGCAGAGAGAAUGAAGGCCCUACAAGAGCUGGUGCCCAACGCCAACAAGGUUUCUGCCGCAGCCCCUCUCUUCUCUCUCCUUUUAUAGACGAUCAAAAUAUAGAUAUUUUCUGGCCUUCGGGAAACCGAUGAUUCUCCGGUGGGGGGGGGAAGAGGCGGACAGGACGAAACGUCACCUACCUGCACUCGAAUGAACCCUAGAGAGAACAGAAUCCUAUCCCCCCCUUCUCAGUUUUUCAAAUGUUUCUCUUCUUUAAUAAAUGAUAUCUCCGCAACCCCCCCCCCCCCCUAUCGUUCAGUCUACCACAGAGUAGGGGCAGUGAGAAGCACUGGGGAGGUUGGGGGGAAUAGAAGGUGAGGAGGGAUGCUGAUAUCGACCAGUUUCCUAGAUUUCACCGUAUGCACCUACUGAUAUAUCUCUGGUUAAUUGGCGUGGCAGACGGACAAGGCCUCGAUGCUGGACGAGAUCAUCGAUUACGUGAAGUUCCUGCAACUCCAAGUCAAGGCAAUCAAUCCAUCCCUCCCCUUUCCCCUCCCCCUUCCCUUUGCCCCCCCUGCUUGCAGACUCGCCGCCACUUUCCUUUACUAGCAAAUAAUUUAACCUCGCCGAACCCUUCUCGGCGUCACAUCACUCUUGACCCCAUCUCCUGCCGGGUUUCUAUCCAGGUGCUGAGCAUGAGCAGACUAGGCGGAGCAGCUUCCAGCGCCCCCUUCCCUGCCGACGUCUCUUCUAAGGUACUACUUACUAAUCCCUUCUUCUCCCAGAGAGAAUCCCCGUCCCGCUCUAGAGCCAGCGGUGGGUGA